GUGAAACGAUACAAACCAGUUGCGUGCGGUAAAUCGAAGUGGAGAGAGCUCUUUCAAGAACGACACCGGUGGCAGAACUCGAUCUUGAUCGUUUGUGGAUUUGGUCUUUGCCAUUCAUCAAGAACUUUCUUUGGCAAUCAAUUUUUAGGGUUCCAUACCCAGGUCAACCCAAAGUCACUUUCAAGUGUUCCUCCGAGAACACUUUCAAUUGUCGACACCACUGCCAAACCUCACCUCGAUCCAUGAUUACUGUGGCCAACCAAAGCAAGAUGAGGUCCUCCAGCCGAUCCCGGACCUCAAGCACCAGUCGUUCCCGAUCCAGCGUGUCUAGCGCAGGGAGCAGCUACAACGGAGGGGGUAGCAUCGUGGGAUCGUCCAGCUUCCAGGUGGGACGCGCCCGGGACAGAUCCGCCGAAAUGGAGCUCUUCAGUCAAACCCGCAAACCCCGAUCCAACUACCGUCGUCCAUCGAACUUGGGCUUCUCCAACAACCCACUUCAAUCCCGAUCUGAGUCCAAGACCAAAUAUCAGCCUCUGUCCGCUUCCAGAAGCCAUAUCGUGGCCAAGAUCCCGGAUCACUUGAAGAUGGAAGGCCAGGUGACCUCGACUUCCGAGGUCCGAGCUGCUUAUCGAAACAUGUCCCCCGCCAGACCCAUCAUCUACAAGAUUCGAGACACACUCAAGCCUGAGGGAGUCUUCCUUAGCAAGUCGGAAACUGCCUUGCAAUUUGAAGACAAAAAGCCCCAGAGACCCAUUAUUAACCGCAUCAGGGAUCACAGUGAAGAAGUCCAACCCAGAGGAGCCAUGCUUGAAAGAUCGGAGUAUCGCAACAAUUACCAAGCCACCAAAGGUGAUCGUGUGACGCCUGCAUGGAUUACCAACUUUGAGAAGGUUACGAUUGAUGGUGAUGCAUCUCGGCAAUAACAUUUGCAACUCGAAAUUCCGCCUAAUUGCGACAACUGCCCAACUCCGUCACUUCCUGUAUAUACAUACUUACAUUUGUAUACGUACUCCUAUCAAAAAGCUCCUUAUUGUAAAUAGUCAAGGUUUUUGUAUAAACCUAGGUAGAAAUGAGAUGCCAAAGAAAUAUUCGAACUUCUUUCAACGUCCCACUUGAAGGUCCAAUUCAACUACUCGUUUCUAACUAACGUAUAGACAAAUUCCACCCUCCAUCUACUAGGAUCUCCUAGAAAUUCAGAGCUCAGAUUUGAUCGAAAUCCAAAAGGCAAAAUCUCAGUCACUCAACCUAUCAACUUCUUUCCUUCGCCUCUUCAUGUCAAGUUUUCUCGCAACCUUUGAACCAAUAAUGCGGCUUCACCAAAGAAUCAUCAAUUGCAAUGCUAAGUAUUACAUUUAUUGUAAAUACACUCGGAAUCAAGACCAAAGACAAACCAUACUCAUCUUUGUGUAUAUUAGUAACCGGAUGUGUUAAAAUUCAAUAAAUUUCGAAAAAUAAAUGUGGAUAAA